AUGGAUAAUUUUGUGAAGAUUGAAAAAAUCGGUGAAGGUACUUAUGGAGUAGUAUACAAGGGAAAGCAUAGGAAAACUGGAGAAAUAGUAGCUAUGAAAAAGAUUCGUUUGGAAAGUGAUGAUGAGGGAAUACCAUCAACAGCAAUUCGUGAGAUCUCUUUGCUCAAAGAAUUGCCACAUCCCAAUAUUGUUAGAUUAAUGGAAGUGUUGACGGAAGAAACUAGACUAUAUUUGAUCUUUGAAUAUCUUACUAUGGAUUUAAAAAAAUAUAUGGAUAGUUUAGGUACUGGAAAAUUAAUGGAACCAGAGAUGGUGAAAUCUUAUUUAUAUCAGAUUACACGUGCUAUUCUCUUCUGCCACAAACGUAGAAUAUUACAUCGUGAUUUAAAGCCUCAAAAUUUAUUAAUUGAUAAAAAUGGGUUGAUCAAGGUAGCAGAUUUUGGUCUUGGGCGAGCAUUUGGAAUACCAGUUAGAGUAUAUACUCAUGAAGUAGUCACUUUGUGGUACAGAGCUCCAGAAAUACUCCUUGGUGCCAAUAGAUAUUCAUGUGCUAUUGAUAUCUGGAGUAUUGGUUGCAUAUUUGCUGAGAUGGCAACAAAAAAGCCACUAUUCCAAGGAGAUAGUGAAAUUGAUCAGUUAUUUAGAAUAUUCCGGAUACUAAGAACACCUACAGAAGAAAUAUGGCCAGGUGUAACGCAAUUGUCGGAUUACAAAGCUACUUUUCCAAAUUGGAUAACAAAUAAUUUGGAAUCACAAGUAAAGACAUUAGAUGCAGAUGGGCUUGAUCUCCUGCAAAUGAUGCUUAUAUAUGACCCUGUUCAUAGAAUAUCGGCUCGAGCUGCUUUAAAACAUCCUUACUUUAACGAUUUAGAUAUUUCAAAAUUGCCACCAGCAUAACACGGAGAAAAGACGGGAAUGGAUAAAUAUAUGUUGCUCAGAUAUUGUGACGUUUUUAUUGUGUGACUACAUAGAAAAUAUGUCUCAGGGUAUACCGAAAUGUUUAAUUUAUUCGUAUGUAUGACCGCAUUUUUUUUUUUUUGACUUUGCUCAUCAUAUAUGGGGAAUUUGUAUGAAGAAUUUUUGUUUUGCAUUCGCAAUUAUAUUAUGUUUAGACAGCACAAUUGCAAAUUUCUGUUAUAAUAGGUCAUUGUAGUGUACUCAAGCAAACACGAUCUGUAGCAAUUUGGUAUUCAAGAGAUUCAUCUUUCUCGCAUACAGACGGAUAAAGUUAAUA